AUGCCCGGCCGCGCUCCGCACCUGCCCGGGGAGCGGCUUUUGUUAUCGGCGGGGCCGCGGGAGCGAUGUACGAGGGCCCCGCAGCCGCCUCCGCGCCGGGAGCAGCGCCCAGCGGCAGGGGCCAGAGAGGGGACUCCGCUGCCUGCCGGCAUCGCUCCAGGGAGCCAGGGAGGAAGGGGCUUCUCCCCAUGGCAGCCGCCCCCCCCACGUAACCCAGCCAAACUGGACGCCGCCGUCCCACAAGAGACCCCCCCCGGCCAGCACCCACCCUCCUGCCACCUCCAACCCGGCCCGGACUCACCCAGUGCUGCCCUGCCCCACGCCAGCCCCGCGCCCCACGGGUCGGCCGCGGGUGGACGCCGUGAUGCCGCGACCAUCACCGAGCAGAUCGAGGAGACCCUGCGGUAUUUCGGCCCCGCCGGUUACGAGGAGCUCAACGGGAACGCGGAGCCGGGCGGCGGCGGCGGCACCGACCCCAUCGCCCGGGAGCUGGAGGAAGUCCUGUGUGCUGAGCGGGUGGUCAGGAUCACGAAGACCUACCAUGACAUCGAUGCUGUCACCAAUCUGCUGGAUGAGAAGGAGCGGGACCUGGAGCUGGCGGCGCGCAUCGGGCAGUCCCUGCUGAAGCAGAACCGGAGCCUGACGGAGCGCAACGAGCUCCUGGAGGAGCAGCUGGAGUUGGCCAAAGAGGAGAUCGCACAGCUGCGCCACGAACUCUCCAUGCGGGAUGAUCUGCUCCACUUCUACACCACCACCACGGAGGAGAGUGAGCCCACCUCCACCAUCUCCACACCGCUGCGCCGGAACGAGUCCUCGCUGUCCCUGCAGCAGUACUUCCAGUAUGACACCUUGCAGCAGAAGCUCAAGAGCCUGGAGGAGGAGAACCAGAAGCUUCGCAUGGAGGCCACCAACAUCGCAACUGAGACCUCUCAGUAUGAGGACCAGGAGCAGCAGCUGAUGAUCGACUGCGUGGAGCAGUUCUCCGAGGCGAGCCAGCAGGUAGUUUACCUCUCGGAGGAGCUGGCCCGCAAGGCAGAGGACACAGCGCGGCAGCAGGAGGAGAUCAGCCAGCUCCUGGCACAGGUUGUGGACCUGCAGCAGAAGUGCCGUACGUACGGCUCGGAGGUGGAGGAGCUCCAGCAGCACCUGGCCGUGGCAAAGGAGGUGCAGCAGCAGCUCCGGACGGAGCUGCGGGACCUGCAGGAGAAGUACGCGGAGUGCGGCGGGAUGCUGCAGGAAGCCCAGGAGGAGGUGAAGAGCCUGCGCAGCCGCAGCCUCCCCAACAGCACCGUCAGCCGCUACGCUGCACCCAGCCUCCUGCCUGUGGUGAGCGGGGGGCACGGGAGCUACCUGCGCGUCUUUGAGACGGUGAAAGCUGUGAACCAGGCAGCAAAAGCCAAGUCUUGCUCCGAGUCUCCCCACAACGUGCCAGCCUCCAAGCAAUUGUCAGCUGCCCCCUCUGGGGGGGCCAGCACCCCCCAAGCUGACUGCUCCGGCUCCGAGGAUGCCCAGGGCGAGGGGGCUGGAGGGAAGCCCUGGACAGCCCCGGGCCGGCAGGACCUGGAGGCAGCGGUGCAGCGGCUGUCACUGCGGCAGCAGAGCCACGUCUCCCAGGAACGCUCCUUCUUCGAGGCGGAGCGGGAGCACAAGCUGGGGCGGCUGCGGGACGGGGAGAGCUCCAGCGGCUUCCUCACCCCCAACGACAGCGUCGUCUCCACCGGCACCAACUGCUCCGGGGGCUCGGAGAUCACCGUGGGCUCCGGCUUCUCCCUCAGCUCCCUCACCUACCUGCCCGACAAGCUGCAGAUUGUGAAGCCCCUGGAAGGCUCUGUGACCCUCCACCACUGGCAGCAGCUGGCACGGCCCAACCUGGGUGGGAUCCUGGUGCCCCGUCCGGGGGUGCUCACCAAAGACUUCAGGCAGCUGGACACGGACCUGGAGGAGGUCUACAACCUCAAUGACCUGGAGGAGGACGACGUGGACGCCAGCUCUUUCCAGCUGCUCCCUACCUCAACGCCCACCAAAGCCAAGGAGCGCCCCGGGGUGUUCCUCUCCGCUAACAACCUCCCCCAGACCCCGUCUACCUUCACCAUCACCACCUGCCACAUCCUCCACCCCACCUCUGAGAUCACUACGGUGACACCCAGUCUGUAUAACGCCGUCGUGCCUUCUUGUGGGCCCCUUGAGGGGCUGAGCCUCGGCAGCCCCUCGCCGGAGCCGUCAUCCCCCACGGUGGCACCUGGUCCUGGACCCCCGAGCACCCCCGUGGGACUCGUCAGGCUUUUGCAGCUGCAGGGCAUCUCCGCCUCGGUGCCAGGGACCAGGUCGUGGUGGGACCCCCAGUGUGCUGACACCCAGCCCUCGCCUGCGGGUGGGGGGCAGGACGGGCCCCCGCCCAGGAGCAGCAUCUUCAGCUUGAACCUGGUGGAGAAGUUGCGGCGCCUGGGGCUGGACAAGGUGGUGGCCAGAGGGGAGAUGUCCUACGCCCGGGGGGAGCACAGGGGACCCUGGGGGGCACUGACGUGAUGGUACUGCAGAGCCUGUGAGCUCAGGAGAAGACACAUCCUCCAUCCUCUUCAUUGCCUGUCCGUGGGGAAAUGGAGAUGGGAUGGGCUUUCAGCCCCAGCCCUGGUGAUGCCCUGGAACCCAACAACACUCCCUGGCUGCCAGGGGACAACCCUGGGGAGCCCCAGGACGAUGCUCCCCCAGCCCCGUGUCACCCAGCCGUGGGGGUCCCAUCAGUAAGGAGCUGCGUGGGGCCAUGCUCAGGGCUCUGGGGGGGCCAGCUCACCCUGUCCCCCACUGUUGGGGUACGGACCCUUCACAGGAGCCCGUUACUGGCAAUAAAAACUGUUCCUGCUUGUGCUGAGCCUGGCGAGGAGCAGCUCAGCCCCUGGGGGCUCUCUGGGCUGCUGCAGCGAAGGGUGAUGCUCAGCCUGGGCUCGGGGGGGGGACCCUCCUCCCCUGGGGUGAGACCUCCCACCCCUGACCAGCACCUGGGCUGAAUUUUAAAGGGAAUAGUGGUUUUAAACUCUUUUCUGCCCACUAAAUAGCAGUAGCAACAGCACCCCUGGCUUGGGGGACACCUGCAGUGGGUGGUUUUUGGGGUGUAGUUUCUGGUCCCCCCCUGACUGCAUCCCUCACCCCCAGCCGUGCCCUGUCCCCUCGUCAAAUAAAUGUGAAGUCACGAA